AUGCCCGCCGACAGGAGUCUCAGGAAAACUUACACCAACUCUCCUUUCUUCAGUCUUUCGAGCAUUACCACAAUGGAUUCAGCUGCGUGGAUGCAAGACGCGCGCCAGAAACAGGAGGCGACUAUUCAGCAAGCAAAGGAAACCAUCGCUUGCUGGGAGGAAGAUGUCACGCAAAGGAAGCAACAAAUCGCACACAACGAGGGAAUGCUUGCCAUGCUCAAAGAGAUGGACGGCGAUCCCGAAUCAGAACAGAAGGCAGGUCUGAUGUCGGAGAUUGAAUCUUCGAAGCGCCUGGUAACAUCCGAUGAGAGAGAAAUCGCGAAACGACAGCGGAACCUUGCCAACUAUGAGAAAACACUUGUCACUCUGAAUGCUCGCCUUCUCCAGUCUGAAGCCGGCAUCACGGUAUUGAAAGCCGAAUCGCCCUCCCUUCCGACAUCCGAUCUAACCGUCGCGCCUACCGAGGUAGCUGCUGCCGAUACUUUCAAAGUCCUGUACUACGUCACUUACAACGCCCAAUACAUGCCGACCUCUGCGUAUUGCAACGUUAACGCGUACUUCAGCAGAGACGAGCGCAAGGUGGUACCUGCCACGUUACACGAGCUUGCACUUCAUAUAAGGGAUUACCAUACGGGCGAGACUGCUACCGGAUGUCAAACCGUUGACCUUGGCCCCACCUUUCGAAUGGGCGUCCAUGCCCAUCUCACGGUGCCUGAGAAUGCGGCACGUCUUGCGCAUAUCGAAGCAACCAACGCCCGGCUCGCCUUAGCUGAAGCCCAGCCCACUGCAUCCGGAAACGAUGCCGACCUGGCCGAAGCCAAACCGAACUUGAAACGCAAGCGAUAG